AUGGCACCGACAAACGAAUGGCUAAUCCAAAUCCCCGACCACCCAAACAUGCUCUCCAAACGCAUGGAAGUCCGCCCGUACCUCCCCCUCCCACCCUUCGACCCAUCCCCUACUAACCCCUCUCCUUCCCGAAGUAAACACCUCGAAGACCUCAAACCCCUCAUAGCCUCCGGCAAAAUCGUCUUCGGCGGCGCCUGCCUCGACGAGCCCCUGCAAGAGGGCAAAGGCAUGCAGACGAACGGCAGCGCGAUGAUGGUGGUUUGUGAGACGGAGAAGGAGGCAAGAGAGGUGGUGGAGGGGGAUGUGUAUGCGAAGGCCGGGGUGUGGGAUACGGGGAACAUGAAGACUGCGGUGCGGACGGCGUUGUAG